CACGAGUUUCCUGAGUCGGAGCUGGUCUAAGCGAGACCUUUCUCGCGUUGGUCGGCUGGUUGCGCUGCUGGCCUGGACCAUUUUUCACGCUGCUCGGCAGGGCGCUCCGCUAUGGCGCGGAAGUCGAAUCUGCGUCUGCUGCUGCUUGUACCGCUCGUGCUGGCCGUGCCCCUGGUGCGGGGCUUCAGCCCUCUGCCCCUGGUCGUCAACACUUGGCCUUUUAAGAAUGCCACCGAAACAGCGUGGCGGACAUUAGUGUCUGGAGGUUCUGCCCUGGAUGCAGUGGAGAACGGAUGUGCUGUGUGUGAGAAGGAGCAGUGUGAUGGUACUGUUGGCUUUGGAGGAAGUCCUGAUGAAGUUGGGGAAACCACUCUGGAUGCCAUGAUCAUGGAUGGCACUGCCAUGGAUGUGGGAGCAGUGGGAGGCCUUAGAAGAAUUAAAAACGCGAUUGGCGUGGCACGGAGAGUCCUGGAGCAUACCACGCACACACUUUUAGUGGGGGAGUCAGCCACCAAGUUUGCUGAAAGUAUGGGAUUUACUAAUGAAGACUUAACUACCAAUACCUCAAGAGCUCUUCAUUCAGACUGGCUAUCUCGAAAUUGCCAGCCAAAUUACUGGAGAAACGUUAUACCAGAUCCAUCAAAAUACUGUGGACCCUACAAACCAUCUGGCUUCUUAGAGCAGAGUAAUCCUGCCCGCAAAGAAGAAGUAGAUAUCCAUGGUCAUGAUACUAUUGGCAUGGUUGUAAUCCAUAAAAUGGGACAUACUGCUGCUGGCACAUCUACAAAUGGUAUAAAAUUCAAAAUACCUGGUCGUGUAGGAGAUUCACCAAUCCCUGGAGCUGGAGCUUAUGCUGAUGACACAGCUGGAGCAGCAGCAGCCACUGGAGAUGGUGACACACUCUUGCGGUUUCUGCCAAGCUACCAAGCUGUAGAAUAUAUGAGAGGAGGAGUUGAUCCAACCUUAGCUUGCCAAAAAGUGAUUUCAAGAAUUCAGAAAUACUAUCCAAAAUUCUUUGGAGCUGUUAUAUGUGCCAAUGUGACGGGAAGUUAUGGUGCUGCUUGCAACAGACUUCCAACAUUUACUCAAUUUAGUUUCAUGGUUUAUAAUUCUCUACACGAUCAGCCAACUGAAAAAAAAGUAGACUGCAUCUAAUCUCGCUUGUCUUUCAACAUGUGUAUUUGAAGAGGAAAGACAUGAAGGUUUGGAAAGUUGCUCACUGACAUUAUGGAGUGGUCUUCAUUUAUUUCCAGUUCUUGUGUAAAUUAAGUGCAGAAAUAAAUUAUGCUGUAGUGCUGUUUCUUUGUCUA